ACUCACAUCAUUAUCAAUCAUUUCCCACUUUCCUUUCAGAUGUCAGCUUCCGGAUAUCCGCUUUACGUAGUGGCUAUAGACUUUGGAACAACAUAUUCUGGAUACGCCUUUGCCUUUCGUGGAACUUUCUUGAAAGACGGCGAAAAGGACAUUAAUGAAAUACAUGCUGUUCCCUGGAAUGCUGGGGAAUUAAUGUCAGACAAAACACCCACCACUCUUCUACUCGAUGCAGACAAAAAUUUUGUCUGCUUUGGUUACGAAGCUGAAAACACGUAUAGCAAAUUGCCAGAAGAAGAAAAGAAAAAAUAUUUUUAUUUUCGUCGAUUUAAAAUGAUGCUGUAUGAUAAGGAAGGGCAUCUGAAAAUUACCAGAAAUUCCAAACUAAAAGAUAUGACAGACAAGGAGAUGUUGGCCAUAGAUGUUUUUACACAUUCCAUAAAGUAUCUGAGAGGUCACUUUUUGGAUAAUUUUGAAAGGCGGAAUUUGAACACGGCUAUUUCUGAAGAGAGGGAUAUAACUUGGGUCAUAACUGUCCCUGCUAUUUGGGACGAACCUGCAAAACAGUUCAUGGAAGAAGCAGCAGUGAAGGCUGGCAUUUCAAAAGCUAAUCUACUGAUCUGCUUAGAACCAGAGGCUGCAGCUAUUUACUGCAAAUGUUUACCCAUAGAAAAAGCCGGAGAUUGUCUGAGUGCGAUGCAGCCUGGCCGACGGUUUAUCGUUUUAGACGCUGGAGGUGGAACUAUUGACAUGGCGAUACAGGAAGUGACAGACGAUGGAAAACUACAAGAAAUUGACCGCGCCCAGGGCGGUGACUGGGGCGGGAUUUAUGUAGACGCCCAGUUCAAAGAAAUGCUGGAGAAGAUUGUUUCUAAGCCAGCCUUUGAUGCUUUCCGUUUGCAGAAUACUGGUGACUAUUUAGAUUUGUUUAGAUUUUUUGAAAGAAAGAAAAGACAAAAGACAUCGAGCAAAAAAGUGCACAUGCACGUUCCACAGUCUUUUCUUAAUAUCUCGGAUGAGGAUAUCGGAACUUUGACGAAGAUAAAAGGCUUAGGAGAAUCUGUGACAUGGAAGCGUGAUACAAUUUUCAUCAACCUUAAGAAAUAUGAAGAAUUUUUCAAUCAUGUCAUCGACAAAAUUGUCCUUAAAGUUAGGGAAAUGUUGCAAUCGGAGACAGCGCUAGGAACCGACGUAAUUCUAAUGGUUGGAGGAUUUUCUGAGUGCGACCUUCUACAAAGGAGGAUAAAAGAAUCAUUCCCAGCCUGUAAAGUUGUGAUUCCUCCAGAAUGUGGUUUGGCCGUACUGAAAGGGGCAGUUAUUUAUGGUUUCGACCCGAAAAUGAUUUCCGCCAGAGUAGUCAAAUACACUUAUGGUGUUGGAAUCAACAACCUCUUCAUUGAAGGAACACAUCCUCAAUCAAAGAGAACAGUCAUUAAUGGAAAAGCUUAUUGCAAGGACAUGUUCGAUAUUCAUGUACAAAAAGGAGACACGGUGCAUAUCGAUGAAACUACAGACAAAACCUAUUACCCACUUUAUGACGACCAAACGGCUGUCAAUUUCAGAGUCUUCACGUGUACCCACAGGGAUCCAAUGUAUACAGAUGACGAGGGGUGUAAGGAAAUCGGGUCUUUGACCGUUCCGAUGCCAGACACUUGUGGAGGAACCAACAGGAUGGUCAAGGCCAAAUUCCACUUUGGAGGAACUAAGAUUACCGUGGAAGGCAUUGACCAAAUGUCUAAAACAUCAGUGGAUGUUAAAAUUGACUUUUUGGAGGGCUCGCCUUAAAUGUAAACUUU